UUUUGCUUGAAGAUUUGUCUCAGGAGGAAAAAUGGAGGAUAAAACUGAAGGAAGAAGAAAAGCAGAAACUGAAAUACUUGAAAAAGUUAGGGUCACGAUUUCUUCCAUUAAUGAAUCAAAGCACGUUGAUGAAGUUAUCGUCGCUCUUCAUUCUAUAGCGGUUCUUCUUUUUCCAAUUGAUUCAUCUCUUCUUGCUGGAAGCAUUGGUAACCGUUUCAGAGAUAAGGUUAUUGAGGUUGGAGCUUUUUCUCCUACGUGGAAUGAUGAAUUGAAGGAUGCUUUUUAUCAUGGAGCUGCAUUUCCCUCCUUAUCUAGGGUUUUGAUACACAAUCUUUCUACGAAUUGGCUGGCCUGUUUCCCGAUUUCCGCAAGAAACAUAGUUUAUGAUUCCUUCUUUGUUAAUGGACCUCCAGUUGAGGUUUUUCAAGCUGUGGUUCCUGGUUUAUUGCAGAACCAAAAUGAAGAUACUGACUUCAAUACCGUUUGCUCAAAUGCAGAAAGGAUACUGGUACUGUGUUUGCUUGAAAGCCGUGGAGUACUACAAAUGGCUAGAGAAUUUGGCCAUGCUCUCAGAUCUGAAGGAUUUUCCGGUGAGCGCCGUCAAGAUAUAUGUAGAGUUGCGCAGUUAAUUGCAUCUAUUCCUGAUAAAGCACGUCUCAAUGCCCGGGGUCCACUUUCUUCACACUUUUUCUUCAAACAGGUUACGAUUCAACUUCUUGAUGGAAUAGAAGAGAGAGGACGUGAAAUUUCUGACAAAUCAUAUGGUUUGGGUAGCAAUGUCGUCGAUGGCACUUUCCUAUUUGUCGGGGAAACAUUUGCUCGCAUUUCCCGACGUGGUUCUACAGAUAUUUUGUUGGCUGAAAUGAUCCCUCGAAUUCUUAAUCAUGUCCGGAGCUGCUUACGAUCCAAUGACAAUUUUGUUGAUCUCCAUUUGGUGGUGUCAAAACACAAGUUACACUUCUGGCCACAGAUGAUGGUGGCGAUAAGAGACCCCUAUGCCACUGAAAAAUUGUCAGAGCAGUUAUUGCGUAUGCUGGCUGCUGAAUGUUCAAGCGACAGUGAAUCUUAUUGGGUUCUCUGGAUUUUGUUCCAUCAAGCUUUUGAGAACCAACCAUCUAUAAGGUCUCUGUUUAUCGACAAGUUUUUACUUUGGAAAGUUUUUCCUGUCUGUUGCCUGAGAUGGAUUCUUCAGUUUGCCGUUCUUAAGUGCCCACCUUGUUCUGUUGGACUGACAAGGGGUGAGAAUACUCGAGGACUUAUAGAGCGGGUGCAGUGCCUUGUUAGAGUAUGGUCCAAGCGUGAAUUUGUACAAACAACUUCAGUGGAGCAGCAAGCUUAUAUAACUGCGGCAGUAGGCCUUUCCUUGGAAAAGAUGUCUAGAGAAGAACUGGAAUCAACGAAGGAUGUGAUGCAGUCAAUACUUGAAGGAGUUAGCUGUAGGUUGGAGAGUCCAGUUACUUUAAUGCGAAAGAUGGCUAGUUGUGUUGCUCUAGUGUUCUCCAAAGUGGUUGAUCCAAAAAAUCCUCUAUACCUUGACGACAGUUGCAGCGGAGACACUAUUGAUUGGGAAUUCGGGUUCGCCAUAAAGGAAAAAGAAUUUUCAUCUUCCCUGAAUAAUUUGGACAAGGUCGAAGAAAAAGUAGAAAUAUCUUCUGUGUCUGAUCCAGAUAAGGCUGUCACUGAUGUAGCACGUGUCAAAAGUCAAAAUAGUGCAAAGACUACAAACAAGAAAAUAGCGAGCAUCAAGUUAAUUGACCCAGAUGAGAUUAUUGAUCCAGCGGCACUAAACUUUGAACAAGCAUCUGAUGGAGAAGAUGAUGCAGAUAACACAAGCGAGAAUUCCGAAACUGCUAGUGACUCGUCUUUACAGCCAUACGACAUGUCAGAUGAUGAUGUAGACUUGAAAAAACCCAUCUCACAGCUUAUUGACAUAGUUGGAGCAUUAAGUAAAACCGAUGAUCUGGAUGGAGUAGAAAGAGCUUUGGAUGUUGCCGAAAAGCUAAUAAGAGCAUCACCUGAUGAGCUUCAGCAUAUUUCAGGGGAGCUUGUCAGAGCAUUUGUGCACGUUCGUUGCUCAGAUUUAACUAUUGAAGGAGAGGAAGAAUCAGCAGAAGGAAAGAGACAAAAGGUGCUAGUUGCAUUGCUUGUCAUGAGUCCGUUAGAAUCUUUGGGUGUCCUACACAAACAACUAUACUCGCCUAACGUGGAUGUCAGUCAACGCAUUCUUAUACUUGAUGUCAUGACAGACGCAGCAGAGGAGCUCUCAAAUGCUCGAAGCAUGAGAAAAAAACAUCAACAGAAUUCCCUAAUAUCAACCAUAUCAGAUACCCAGCCGUGGUACUUACCUAGUGACAGAGGACCUUCUGGAGCUGGUCUCUGGAAGGAGGUCCCAGAAACAGAAACUCCAUUAAGCUGGUCCUACCGUUAUGAAAGAGAACUCCCACUGAAGCCUAGUCAGACCAAGGUUGGCAAGUCACGCAGGUGGAGCCUCCACUCAACAAGGUCACCAGAAAACCAGGUUGAGUGGUCAAAAAAUAAAUUUCCAGUAUAUGCGGCUGCUUUUAUGCUCCCGGCAAUGCAAGGCUUUGAUAAGAGAAGGCAUGGUGUUGACUUACUUGGUGGGGAUUUUGUUGUCCUGGGGAAAAUUAUCUACAUGCUUGGUGUUUGUAUGAAAUGCACAGCCAUGCACCCCGAAGCUUCAGCGUUGGCCCCUGCCCUCUUAGACAUGUUGAGCUCUAGACAAGUGUCACACCACGCAGAAGCUUAUGUCAGAAGAUCUGUCCUCUUUGCAGCUUCAUGCAUAAUGAUUGCACUUCACCCCUCAUCCAUAGCAACAGCUUUGGUUGAAGGCAAUACAGGAAUUUGUCAAGGGCUUGAGUGGAUACGCACGUGGUCCCUACACGUCGCAGAAUCAGAUACAGACACUGAGUGCUCAACUAUGGCAAUGGGAUGUCUCAAACUUCAUGCUGAAAUGGCACUACAAGCCUCUCGUGCUCUCGAGUCAACCAAUUAUUCAUUCAAGACGAGCACCAAUAUCUCGCCAGAUAUAAUGAAAGGCGUCAAACUGCCCACCUCUGGAAUGCAGUUCAGGUUUUGAUUGGGUAAAUUUGCAGCUAUUGCUGAUCUCACCAGAUAUAAUGAAAGGCGUUUAUCAAACUGCCCACCUCUGGAAUGCAGUUCAGGUUUUGAUUGGGUAAAUUUGCAGCUAUUGCUGAUCGGUAUCUAUUUACAGCAAAGAAAGAAGAAAGUAUGGUUACAGCCAAGCAAACAAAUAAUG